AAUUAAAUUUGUUUUGUUCGUUAACGAGCGGAGGGUACAUUCCUCACAAUAGGUUUCUUCUGUUUGAGAGUUAUUUAGGGCAUCGUGUUGUCAAACAAUCACCAAAACCAAAAAAAUGGGACGAUACAACAGGUCUGGCCGGAGCAGAAGUUACAGUCCUCGUCGCAGUCGAACGCCACCGCCACCAACACGACGUCGUUACGAUGACCCUCGAGACAGUCGUUACGAUGACUUCCGAGACCGUCGUUCUAAUCCACACCCACACCCACACCGCCGCCGAUCCCCUGCUCCCUCCGGCCUCCUCGUUCGCAAUAUAUCUCUAGAUUCUAGGCCAGAAGAUCUCAGGAUUCCUUUUGAACGUUUUGGCCCAGUAAAGGAUGUCUAUCUACCAAAAAACUACUAUACAGGUGAGCCACGUGGGUUUGGUUUUGUGAAGUUCUGUAAUGCUGAAGAUGCAGCAGAAGCUAAACAUCAGUUAAAUCAUUGUGUGAUUGGUGGGCGUGAAAUAGCUAUUGUUUUUGCUGAAGAAAAUAGAAAAACUCCUAGGGAAAUGCGGACUACUAGUCAGCCAAGUGGGCGUUAUGGAGGAGGGUCUGGUAGGCGGAGCCCACCUAGGAUUUCUAGACGCCGCUCAUAUUCACGCUCUUUAUCACCUGCCAGACGUGAAUUCAGUCGAGAAAGAAUCAACUUGUCAGCAAUCGAGAUCGUAGAGCCCGGGAUAAGUUUGUGCCCGAACGCUCGAGGUCGAGGUCGAGGUCUCGAUCGCCUCGUGAUGGUAGAAAGUCACGGAAUUAUUCUAGAAGUCCUCAGAGAAAUGGGCGGGACCCGGUUUUUCAGGAAGUUAAGGGUAGUCCUCAUGAGAAGCGAGCCACGGAGGAUGCGGGCCCACCAUCUAGGUCGUUUUCUCGGUCGCCACCUCAUCAGUCAAUUGCUCAUACUCGGUGAAAGAUCUUUUGGCUGAAUUUUUGAUGGGAGGUGUUGAUUGAAGAAAGAAUAGAUGUGGUCGAAUUUUCGUAUUAAAAAGUUACUUGAUAAUGGUCUUCUUUUUUCAUACACUUAAAACUUCAUACCUGUGGAGCUUGCUCAAAUUUGCUUCGUAUUAUUUUUGCUAUUUUUAUGGCCUCCCAGUGAUAUUCAUAUACUUCUCGUUAUAACUACAAUUCCAUUAUUUGUUGAUUAAUCAAAACCCAAAAGGUAAAUGUCAAAUCAAUGAAUUGCCAGUCCUUGCUAUUGUUUAGACC